AUGAGAAACACAAACGUAUACGAAGAGCGCUCUCUCGGGAUCUACGCCCACGACAACACAGACGACGAGACCGAAGAAAAAGCCUCUCCGAACAUGUUCAUCCAACUGGUCCGACACCACCUGCUCGGACGCCAAGAUGCAUCCACCCCCGAAGCAUCCCGCAGUUACUUCGUCCACCAGCAAUUGCGCUCCCAACUGAGCCAUGACCUUUGGUGGAUCGCUCUCGCGGUCUUCCUCAUUGCCAUCGCAGAAUCCGGCAAUUACAGCCGCAUGCCCGUGGCAUAUUCGACCUUGAACAUCAUAUUCGAGGUCGUCUCCGCCUACGGUUGCGUCGGCAUCAGUGUGGGCUUUCCGAGUUCGAAUGCCUCGUUCUGUUCCUCGUGGCAUACCAUCAGCAAACUGAUCUUGGCGGCUGUUAUGCUGCGCGGUCGCCACAGGGGUCUUCCGGUCGCUAUUGAUCGCGCUGUUAUGCUGCCGAAUGAGUCCCUUGAGUGGGCCGAGGAGGAAGAUGCUGCUAUGAGACGGGAGCAGUCUCGUGCUUGGGGGAGUGAUAAGAUGCCUAUCGGUUCGGUUUAA